CAAUAACUGUGCGGACAGAGAUCUACGAAUUAGAUUUUGCAAUGCUUUGGUGAUCAAAAUUUUUUUUUUAUCUAGCCAGAUAAUUCUCACAUAUUUAAUUAAUUUCUCUUGCGCAUCGGAGAGUUCAUUGAACUUUAUUUCAAUAGCCAGAAAAUACUUCUUUGAUAAAAUACUUAAAUAAAUCGUCUCGAAAAUGCACAAGUCAAAGGUGUCGGGUAAAUUAAAAUUUUCAAUUUUCAAAGCACUUCCCUCGCUUACUCGUAUCCGUUCAGUGACGCUCUCUUCCGGUUGUUGUUCCAAGUUAUCAUUGUCAAGAAAAUAAAACCACGUGCUUUGAACGGACUAUUGAAGAGGAAAGUUCGUUAUUAUUUUACCGAUCUUAAAUUCAUUGAAUUAUUUGAUAAUUCAAUAGAUUUCAGAGGUGAUGUAUCGUGUUAAAGAUGUUGAAGAGCAACGUCAGCGGACGUUGUACGUUCGUGUGAAUCAUACGAUUCGUGAUCCAAAAGAAAUAGAAGCACUAUUCGAUGGAAACGUACGAGUGAAAUUACCUCGACAACCGUCCAGAGGAUGCCAUGUGAUAUUUUCAAAUGUUGAAGAAAGAAUGAAGGGCCAUAAGGCUCUUAAGGGAAAGAAAUUAAAUGGUAAACGGGUCAUAGCAACUGUACCAAAAACAAAACUGGAUGAGAAGAAAGUUAGCCGGAAGAAAAUUGUGGUUCCUAUACCCAAACCACAGAAAAAAAUAACACGAACGUUGUUCGUUUCGAAUAUUGAUACCAAGGUUACUGUAAAUGACUUGAAAAAAGCGUUUCCAGACUGUCACUCGGUUACCCUGUUGGAACCAAAUUCCAGUGGAAUGAGGUCUGCAUUUGUCAAGAUGAAUAGUUUAUCCUCUGCAGGGGAAUAUUUUAGGAUGGAACGAAAGUCGCCAGUCCUUUGCGAGAAAAAGUUGAAAAUCCAAAUAGAUACCAGAAGUCCAAAGAAAAAAAAAAGCGCAAAGGUCGAAAAGAUGAAAGUUUAUGAUGAAGAUGGUGAACAGGAUGAUAAUGAGUUCGAGCAUCUGAACCGAAAGAAACCCCAAAAAAAUGGAGGCAAAAAGGGCCAUGUGCCUGAAGCUCAGCUUGAGUCUGAUUCCGAUUCUGAGGUUGAUGCGGAUUCUGAUCUCGACUCUGAUGCUGAAGCAGGUUCUGAUCAGGAUCAAGCACCUGAAUCUGAUCCCCAGACAGAUGAUGAUCCCGAAACAGAGUAAGAGUCGAUCCAUGUUAUAACGAUUGUUGAUAGUACUAAGAUUUAAUUUUACUUCGAUUAUGCCCAGCAACCUGUACACUUUAAAUAAUAAAUUCAUAUUUAUGUUUUGUAA